AUGGAGUCAUUUGUACAAUGUCAUUAUUGCAAAAAAGAUUUAAAUAAUCCAUUAGAAUUAGUUUGUCGACAUUCAUACUGUACAGAUUGUUUGAAGAAAGAAAUUCAAAAUGACAAAAUCAUUUGUCCAAUAUGUGGCACCGAACAUACUGCAUUAGCUGCAUCACUUUCAUCAGCUUCACAGGACAAAUUAGCCACAUAUGUCAUCGGCUUAAAUAGCGGUGAACCGUAUUCUGUUAUCACUGAUGAUGCACCAGCAACAAUUGUAGCUGCAUGUAGUGAAUGUCGAAAUACAACUGAUUUACGUCCAUGUUUUCAUUGUGGAAAACCAUUAUGUGCUGAUUGUCGAACAAAACAUUAUGAAUCACAAAAAAAAGAAGUUGAUAAAUCAAUUACUAGUUUAAUGACUACAACUAAUGAACUUAUUGUUUUAGCUCAAGCAUUAAAUACUAGUCGAACGGGACGUAUUCAAGAGUAUAAAACAAUAAAAGAACAAGUAUCUACACAUGUAAAAGAUUUAGUUAAAAAAUUACAUGAUGACGAACAAGUUCUUCAAAAAAAACUUGAUGCAACAAUUCAAGCAGAAAAUGAAAAAAUUGCUGUUACGGAACGAGAACGACAAUAUCUUGAGAAAAAUAAAGCAGCUUUAGAUCAAGUUAUGGAGAAAUAUCGAAAUGAAACAAAUCAAAUGAUUUUGAUUAAAAUGCAUAAAGAUUAUUUAGAUUCAGCACCAGUUUGGAAAGAUAGACUACACGCUCAUGCAAAUCGUAUUAGCACAAAAAAAGAAGAAGAAUUACAUUUUCAUCCGAUUCCACUCGGAACCAAUGAUGGUCUUGUUGGAAAACUGACAGCUUCCAAAAAUGUUAAUGUUAAUGCACCAUCAAAUGACAGCCAUUUGCCUUCACUUAAGAAUCCAACAGGAAGUCGUUCAUGCAUCAUACUGUAA